AUGGGCACCCUAAACUCUUGGUAUCUUAAAGUUCUACUGGUUCUUCCAAUAGCUUUGGAAGUCCAGUCGAGAUUCAUCGACUUCAAACCCGGCUACGAGUACGUAUACAGUUUUGAGGGCCAUUCCACCGUCAAAGACCUGGGAAAGUUCAUCGUUAAGGCGAAGGUCAGUUACACUAAUAUUCAGAAUGAUGGCCACGAUCGACAAGAGUUGUUACUUAAAGUGCAUACAUUUAACCUUGCACCCGAAAAUGACCCUGAUUUGAAAAGUGGCGAACUUGAUUUCUCGAAGUGGUUUUCCUUUGUAAUAUCAAGGCGUGGGGAAAUAACGCAUGUGUAUCAUCCGUCAAGUGAAGAUUCAGAUGUUAUUGCCACAAAGAAAGGAUUUGCUGCAUUGUUUGCAUCGAGACUUCACGAAGAGGGAGAUGUGGCUGGAGUUUCAAGUACCCGUGGAUUCAUUUACAAUAUUACAGAGAAUGGAAGUGAAGGUGAACAUAAUUCCACAUACCUGGUUUCCUCAUCUAAAAAUGGCUUGCAGUUUACCAAGAUCAGGCAUGGGCACCCAGUUGAAAAAGCUACAGGAUCUUAUGCAAAGACACUGCAUUUUCACGACUACUUGGGAACAAUUCACAGCGUACUGAUUGAUGAAGAUUUUACAUCCCCAAAGAUGCACAAUAGUUUUGAUCCUCAUGCAAAUAUGAGAAGAGUGAAAGCAGUGAAUGAAUUCAGUAAUAUGGAGAUGCCUGAAAUGUCAUAUGUGAGUCAGGGGAAGUUGCAUUUCUUGACAAGACAUGUAGAUUCCAAGGAGUGGGAAAAACCAAUCCAGUUUCUGUUGACUACAACCAUUCAUGUUGGAAAUUUGACAAAAUCAAGGAAAAGCAUCAAUACAACUUUAUUAAAGGAACACAUUGAAGGCAAUUUGACCUGUAUGGAAAAUCAACCUCCAGAAGGGUCUCAUGCAUUAGCCAUCUGCUACCGUAAUAUUGUGGAUAUAAUGACCAUGCUACCAGAGGGGGAAGUUAAAAGUAUUGCCGAGUUUUAUUUUGAGCAGCUAGACACAAGUUUUCCUGUAAAUAGAAGAGCUCAAGAAAAUAUGAUCGAUGUGUUUGGUGCAUUGAAUACAGAACUAGCAGACAAACUAUUGGCAGAAAAGAUUUUUUUAAAUGAAAAUCCUAAUCAUGAAUUAGUCAAAAGAGUCCUGACACAUUUGGCAACCAAAUCCAGAUCUCCUCAUGAGAUUCUGCUAAAAGUAAUAGAAGAUGCUGUCUUUCACAAAGAAAAGUUUCCAGAAAGUUUUUAUGUAAAGGAUACUCACAGUCGGUGCAUGCUGGCACUUGGAGCUGUUAGCCACAAGUUGGCAAAAGAGGGAAAUAUUCUUAGAGCAAAGAGGACAACACAAUGGGCACAUUCUUUACUAGGCAUACAUGACCCGUAUGAAUACAGACAGAAGAGAGCAGUGAUGACAGAUAAAGAGAAAGAGUCUUAUGACCAUCACAAAGUCAUUUUGCUGGAGACUCUCGGGAAUGCCAGAAUGGACGAGUCGUAUGACUACAUCAUUUCCCACAUCAACAGCACAAAUUCCCAGUGGAUAAAAAGAGCUGGAUGCCAUGCACUCAGAAAAUAUGAGCAUCAACAUGCUGCUGAUACUCUGCUGUAUGCUGCUUUGUUUGAUGAAGACCAGUCAGUUCGCUAUGAAGCUUCUCUAUUAUACAUGGGGCAUCCCAAAGGCAAAAUGAUAGCACCAUUCAACAGUUUUAGUGAAACAUCAGAAAAUGGCACAGCAAUGAUUGAUCCAUACGAUGCUGGCAUUGAUGUGUUGGACCUAUCACAAGGUCAUCACAGGUCAAGAAGAAGCAUUUGGGAUGGAUUGAAGUUCAAACUGGAAGCACCAAGUGUAGAUUGGCAGAAACUGAUAGGAUCUAAAAGUAUUGGGGCAUCAUUUGGUGUCAUCAUGAUGAAUCUUCUUGACUUAGUUGUUGCACCUACCCAUGGCCAUGUCAAAGUCAAAGUUCAUGAUGAAGCAUAUGCAAGAGUCCAUCUUGGCUUUAUUGGUACUAAUAUUGAAUUUUUCUUGGCAAGAGUCUGCUUUAAAGGAGGAGCAGAGUACAGUAUAAACAUUUUACAGGGAAACGACAUGAAGAAAAUGAUUAAGUUGGCAGCUAAUUUCUCGAAAAAAUUAAAGGAGAUCAGUGAGGGAAUUAAGGAAGGAGUUCAGCUCUUUAAGGACAUCAUUUCAGGAAAACUAAACAUUAAGGAUGUGAUAGAUGAGCUCAUUAAAGCUAUUUCUUCUUUACCUCAAAAGGUAUUGAACCUGAGAAAUAUUACAUCAUCUGCCAUGAAAAAAAUUGGGAGCUUUGAUCCAGCAGACUUACCAGCAGAGUUUCAGCCUGUGAUAAACUUUGUCCAUCGUGUAACCAAGUUGUUUAAUGACAUCAAAACCGACGUCAUGGGAUUUGUUCAUGAAAUUGAGCAAACUAUAAAAGUUGUCAUUCCACAACAAGGAAAAGCAGUGUUUGAUGCAGUGAAAGAUAUUAUUGACGGCUUUAAAAUACUAUUGAAAAACCCCAAAGAAGCAUUGUUGAAAAUUGGAGGAAGUAUUUUCAAGAUUUAUCAAGCAGUGAAAAUCGUCCUUGAGCAGAAAGACAAAAUUCAAGAUGCUUGUUUCUUUCUAAGAGAUGACAAGCCGUAUUGGUUUGACGUGGCAGCUCUUAUAUCUGAGUACACUGACUUAGCAACCAAAGCAUUUCAUAGUAUGAAGACAGCUGGUCAAAAGUGGGUUCAUGAAAAGUUGGAAGAGGGAGAAGAUGCUGUGAAGAAGUUCUCAAAGGGAAAAUUCUCAACUCAAAGCAUGAAACAAGAGGCAGUGAAUUUAUUAGAAACAAUUGAAAAAGAGCUAAUGGAGCCGUUUAGUGGUUUAAUUGGAAUGGCAGAUACAUUUAUUAACAGAUAUGGAAAGGUCUUCAACAUAAUCAAGUCUGUUAAAGAUGCCUAUGAUAUCUUAAAAGAAGGAUAUGAAACAGCAAGGGGAAUUAUAGAUUCCCUUUUCGGAACAAGAGCACAUGGUGAUUUCCCUGUUAGACGACGAGAGAAAGAUGACCAGUGUAGUGGAAGUGGAGAAUAUCCUUCACGUCUUGGAAGUGGACACACAGACUAUAAACAUGUCGGGGUGGAUAUACUUAUAGAAAGUGGAAAAACGAUUGUUGCUCCUUUUGCCGGAGAAGUCACAAAAGAGGAUAGUGACACAGUAAAAUUGGUUGUACAAGGAGGCUCGCUAAAGGGAACCAUCAUAUACAUCACCAAUAUUGAGGCAAAUAGUAAUAUAGAAGAAGAGGAACCACGAUCUUUUCAGGCUGGUCAAAAACUUGGAACCUCCAAGCAUUCAAUAUGUAAAAAUCACAUACACCUCGCUUUUCAUAAAGAUGAUGAUUAUAUAGACCCUACAAAGUAUCUAGAAUUUGAACUUGUAACAAUGCCUGAAUGGAAGCAGGAAUGUGAUGAUUACAAAUUGGUACUAAUGGAUCAAACAAUCGCUGCAGGAUUUAUUGUUGGGUUAGGUGGUCAGCAACCAGAAAAUAAUGACCCUAAACUGGAAAAUACGGAUUUCGCUGCUGAAAUACCAGAGCUACCUUCUUCUUUUGACCCAGACUUCAGUGACGAUAUUAAAGACGAUCAAGACAGUACGUUCAAUGCUGUUCAAACACAACCUCCAAAUUCUGACAUCUUUGGUAUUGAUGAUCAAGAGGAUAUGUGUCCAGCCUUAGUAGGGAACAACAAGCCAGUUACUACUACUACAACAGUUGCUCCAUCCAAUGAAAAAAAAGGAUUUUUUGCAAAACUAUUGAAAGCAGCUGACAAAUUUUUGCAAAAGUUCAACAUCCGGCGACUUAAGUUUGGCACAAUUAUUGAGUUUUUGGAUAAGCUUGGAAUGGACAAAAGUAAAAAGGCAAUGGCCAAAGUGAUGAUAACCAUUAAGGAACUUAUAGAGAACAAACCGUGUGUUAGCCCUCAUGAGAUGACUGAAGACCAGCUUAUGAAUGAACUGAUAGAAAGAGGAAAAGAUGCUUCAGGCUCUAGAGAAGAAAUGCUUGCAAGACUUUUGGAGCUUGAACAAAGCUGUCCUCUGAUGUCCUUUACUAUGCCAAGGAAUAUUUACUGCACAUUUGACAGCUACUGCUUAGGAGUGGAGUGCUGCAUUAACGUAAAACUUGCAAUGUUUCUGAAAGUCUUCAAGUUUUGGGCUAGACUUGACCCUUGUGCUAAUCCAAUGCAGUUUGUUAUGGCAUUCGACAAGUACAACUACACAAUCAAGAUCACAGGCAGUCUGAAUUUCGAUGGUUUUGAAAACGAGCUGAAAACUGGAAUUAAGAUUGACCUCAUGGGUGGCAUAGAAGUAGUUGUUAAAUACAGUAUCAUUAAAGGAGAAGAGGCAACACUGGCAACAUUUGGUGUGGGAUUUUGUAGUCAGGAAGACAUGAGUGACUGUGUUCUUUUUGUAAAUUUGUUAGACAAUGCUAUCCUUCCAAUUCCCACAUGUAAACCUGAUGGAUCUAUCAUUUGGCCAAAAUUGGAUUUUUCAAAGUUGUUUGAUAAAGAAGCAUUCGUCAAAAGAAUAAAAGAGCAAGGAAAAGCUCUCACUAAAUUAGUCGUUUCUGAACUCAUAAAUGAAUUUCUUAAGCUGCUGAAUAUUCCCAAGGAAAUACUGCUUGAUAGUGAACCGUCUCCUAGACCAGAGAAAAUGACAGAUGGACAAAUAAAGGCUGCUCUAAUGUCCAGAAACUUACCUCAGACUGGAGACCGAGCUACUCUCAAUUCUAGAUUACUGCAAAGUGACCUAUCAUGCACACUACUUGGGAAAAAUUUAUCACUGCAUCAGAUUGGGGGAGAACUUGGAAAGAUCUUGUAUUAUGCUAUACAAGAUGACUGUAUGAGACUGGAUGCCUGGGCAGAUAUCACCGUACCACUUUUAGGACAGACCUACACCAAGACGUUACGGGCUUACAUUGAAUUAGAUCCCUGUAGCUUUGUUUUCCAUGUUGCAUUUGAAGGCUAUUCAUACACUAAAGUGCUUCUCAGCUAUGAAUGGGGAAAAGAUGAAACUGCAGAAAUUUCACAUCAUGUUAUUGUGAAGUAUAAAAUUGAUCGGAAUGUUGAAGAAGGUGUAUUCAUAUUGAGUUUUGGGCUGAAAAUAUGUCCAGGAGAUUGCUUCUUGGAUGAGUACUUCUUGCAGAAUAUCAAAAUACCCAUUCCUUUGUGUGGAGAGUUUGUUCUUCCAGGUGGAGGAACUUUCAGUGGUCUGCUUCAAACCAUUGGAGGAAAGAUGACAGAGGAAGCCUUUGAAUUGGUGUUGAAAAAAUUUGACCUGGACAUGGUAUUUAAAUCUGGACCGGUGCAGUUACCACCAGGGCCUUCUAAUUGCCCAAUUUCUUUUGACUUCCACAAGUAUCUGCCUGCAGCCAUUCGACACAUGGUUAAAUGUGUGCAGCCACCAAAUUGUUGGGGAAUUGACUGCAGCUUAGAUUUAACAUUUACAAUUCCCUUGGGAAAUAUCAGAAUUACCAAGAAUAUUCCUUUCUGGUUUAAAAUUGACCCUUGUGAUUUUGCCAUUGAUAUAGGAUUUGGAACGCGUACUUUGUUGAAGACACGUCUGCUGCAGUACGAAUUUGGCAAGCAAAAAGUCCUUACACUUGGCUCAGGGAAUCCAGCACCUAUUGAAAUCAUAUACAAUAUAGACCAAAUGGAGGAAAACAAAGGUUUUAUUGUGGAUGUAAAAGUGAUGAUUUGCUUACCUAUAGAUGGAAAGAAGUAUUGCAUUCCAAGUGAUGAAGGGUUGCAUUUACUUCACAAUCAAGAAGUUCCUAUCUGUGAUCAAAGAGCACUAGUCAACUUCAAAAACUUUUCUAUCAAUGAAUGGUUGAAAGAUAAAGCCUUGGACAUUGGAGAGCAAUUGGGAGAAGGAGCAAAAAUGUUACUGCUGGAAGAACUGAACCUGACAAAUUUCUUCCAGAAAACUAAAUGCGAUAGAACACGAUCACCCUACAGUCCAUCUGUGGAGGGAAUGCACAAUACGUGUCCCAAAACCAUAGCAUUUUUGCCAUCCAAGAUUCCUGAUCCAAUGUCCUGCUAUAUCCCUGACUACUGUACUGGAAUAGAGUGUUGUGCUGAGAUCCCAGGUCUAGGUCUGGGAUUACAUCUGUAUCUGAAUCUGGAUCUGGACAAAUUGGAACUCAGUUUCGGUUUUGAAAACAUGCAGAAAAAGAUGAAAUUAAUUGACUACGUUUGGGGAGAUGAAAUUAUAGUUUCUGUCGCAGAAGGUUUAAUCAAAUUUGCAUUUAGCAUUAAACCAAUAACAGAUGAAAAUGUAUAUGUCUUUAAUGCUCGUGCAAUGGUGUGUUUGGAUGGAGGCAAAUGUUCCAUAAAUAUUCCAGUGCUUACCAACACAAAGCUACCCUCUAUAAGGGCACUUAUAACAGGAGAUUUCAAUUUUUCAAUGUCAAAUUGGUUGGAGAAUAUGGGGAUACCCUCACUGGAGGACUUAAAGGACAGCGCCAAGACAAUGCUGAUCCAACAGCUAGGUGUGGACAAAUUUCUUCAGGACAGACCCUGCUAUAUAAAUGAUGACUUGUAUUCCCCAAGUGUGAAUGGAUGGAAAAAUGAGUGUCCAUUAAAUUGGGUUGUGCCACCAACAAUUCCAUUCCACAAUGUAAAGUGUGCUCUGACACAUAACUGUACCAGAAUUGAUUGUUGUGUGGACUUCAGUCUUUUGAACCUUAGACUUCACUUCUUCCUGCACUUUGACAGGUGUAAUUAUGUCAUCUCUGGUGGCAUCGAGAAGAAAACAUUCUCAUAUGGACUUCUCGACUUCAACACCUUUUGGGGCAAAGAAGUCAAAACAGACAUUGUAAAUAUAAUAUUCAUCAAAUUCAAGGCAAGCCAAUUAGAGGUCUCCCGGAAGUAUGUUCUUGAUCUUGGCAUUUCUGUAUGUUUGGAGCCUAAUAAAUGUGAGCUUGAUGUCCCAAUAUUCAAAGAAGUUCUCAUUCCUAUUCUGAAUUGUGACCUCAAAAUGGAUUUUUCAUCUAAAGGAUUUUCUCUUUCUAACUGGAUGAGUGAGCAAGGACUGUCACUAGAAGGAAGCCUCUCCACAGCUUUGUCUGAUUCCUUGUUUAAGCUUCUUGGUAUUGAUUCCUUCAUAAAAGAGAAGUCUUGUUCCCGAUCAGAACCACCAUACAGCAUUAACCAGCUUCAAGAAAAUGGAUGGUCAUCAGAGUGCCCAACAAAGCUGUCAUUGUUUAAAAUUAGAGGAACGACAGCCUGCAACAUCAAAGAGUCAUGUACAGCUGUCAGCUGUUGUGUAGAAGUGGGAAAACUAGGCAGGACCUUUGAAGUAGUGCUAGACAUAGAUUUCUGUAACCAGAAGAUCACAUUCGGGAUUGAGAAACUAACAGAAACCCUUUCCCUACAGAUGUUUGAGUUUGGGGUGAGAAAAGAAAUAGUUAUCAGAGGAGUUAUCAAAUUCGGAUACACAAUAUGGGACUAUGUUGGUGAGGGUGUGUAUGUAGUGACAGUAGACCUUGCUGUUUGCCUUGAGGAUGGAGGGGAUUGUCUGAUCAAUGUCAACAUUCUUGAUCAAGCCAAACUUUCCAAGCAAAUAUGUCGUUGGGGCAAUGGUUUCAUGAACCCUGAGUUUACUCUGGGAAAUUUCAUGAAGGAAAACGCAUUGACAGCAUUCGAUCAGAUAAAAGGACUGGUGCUAGAUGAACUCAAAGAGUCUCUAGGAUUGCCACAGUAUCUAAACAAUCCUCCAUGUUCUCUCUCAAACCAGAAGUACAACCCGAACAUCAAUGGAAUCAAAGACACUUGUCCCAAAGGCAUUGGAUUCUUACCUUCACUUCCAUCCAGUAUGAGAUGUGCAAUAGCAGGAUCAUGCACAGGAGUUGACUGUUGCAUAGAAGCAGCUCCAAUUCAUCACAAUUUCCAUGUAUACCUUGACAUAGACCCUUGCAAUCUACAAAUGAAGUUUGGAAUCGAUAAAUUCCAGUUUCAAAUUUACUUGAAAGAGUUUGAGUUUGGAAUUGAAAAGGAUGUCAGAUUGGUCAAUGUUGUCAGAAUGAAAUUUAAGAUAUGGGAUCUUACAGCAGAGAAUCAAUAUUUAAUAGAUCUGAAGUUCAGUGUCUGCUUUGAUUCAGAAUCUCAGUGUCUGCUUGAUAUUCCUGUAUUCCAUCAACAACGGCUUCCUAAGAACAUUUGUGACUUUACAGCAAGCUUUACAAAUUUUUCACUUGAUGGCUGGAAAAGUUCAAUGGGUUUGACCUCUGACAAGUUGACAACAUUUGCCACAGACCAGUUGAUGGAGUACCUUGGCAUUGCUGGUUACCUGAAGAAAAUUCAGUGUAGUAUCCAGAAUGGAAAUAGCACCAUACAAGGAUGGAAUGAUGAUUGUUCCAAGUCUUCCACCUAUCAGAAAACAAGUUUGUUGGCAUUGCCCAUUCUGUGCUCAAUCUCUUCAAAAUGUACAGAAAUUCGUUGCUGUCUUGCUGUGUCAAGUAUUGGAAGAAACUUUGAAGCCUUUAUUGACUUAGACCCUUGCUACAAAACUUUGGAAUUAGGGAUUGAAGAGUAUAGGACCAGGAUCAGUCUUCUGAAUUACUCAUAUGGUACAACAAACAGUUUCUGGAUGAAAGAUGUAGUUAGAAUAGAAUACACAAUUGAAGAGCUUGAAGUCAAAUACCUCGUUAACAUGAAAGUAGAGGUUUGUCUGGAACAUGGAAAGCCUUGCUUGAUUUCUUAUGACAUUGCCAAAAACUUGUAUUUGCCAAAGAUUGGAUGUGACUGGUCAUUCAAUUAUUCUGGAUUUUCUCUCUCUGGGUGGUACAGCAACAUGUCCCUGACUCCUGGUUCUCUUUUAUCCAACACUUAUCUCUCCAUGUUAAAAGAAAAACUAGGAAUAACCAACUUCCUCCUGCCAAAGGAACAGCAGUGUAACAGGAAAUCAGCAGAGUAUUAUCCACAGACCCUAAACCAAAAUAGAUGGAGAAUAGAUUGUCCCCUGGAUGUUGGUAACAUGACAGAAAUAUCGGACGUCCUACCAAUCAGUUGUCACCUCAUGAGUCAUUGUACGGGUGUCGAGUGCUGUCUGGAUUUACAUGACCCUCUACAACAGACAAUUUACUUCUUCCUUGAUCUGGACUUCUGUAUGCAGACACUAAGAGUAGGAGUAGAAACUCUUGUCUACGAAAGAACACUGUUCUCCUAUCAGUAUGGUGUUAAAGACGAAUUCAGCCUAAUGGAUAUUAUCCAGAUACAAUAUAAGAUAGAUGAUGUUGAUAGAAGUAACCUGGAAUUAACAGCAAAGAUCAAGAUCUGCUUGGAAGAUAACAUUUGUCUCUAUGAGUCAACAUUAUUUGAUAAACAUAUAUUACCUAAGCCGGGAUGUAACUGGAACCUUAACUUUACUAUACCAGAUUUCUCCCUGACAAAUUGGUACAACAGUGUUGGUGCUGCUAUCGGAUCCCAACUCUCCAAACUGAAUGCUGCAAAAUUACUUGAACAAUUGGGUAUUGCAAAGUACAAGCAGGAGGUCCCUUGUCAACGAUCUGGACCAGUCUACAGCCCCUCUGAUAAUGGAUGGAAGAAAGACUGUCAGAUGGAAGUUGAAAUGGCACCAAUCUCUGAUUCAGUCACAUGCUUGGUAAAGGACACGUGUACCUCAGUAAGCUGUUGUGUGGAUAUCAGAUUCAUGAAAACAUCAUUUGAAGCUUACCUCACACUGGAUGCUUGCAAUUAUUGGUUGGAUGUUGGUAUUGAGAAGCUGUCAUUUAAUCUAAGCCUCAAGGAUGUGACCUUUGGAACAAAAAAUUCAUUCUAUUUGAACAGCGUGAUACGAAUCGAUUACAUAAUUGAAGAUUUGGCAGUAGAGAGGCAAUUCAAGGUUUCUAUGACCUUGAAAGCUUGUUUUGAAGCAUCAGAUGAUUCUAAGUGUUUGGUCAACAUUGAUAUAUUCAAAAACUCAUUGCUGCCAAAAUCAAUCUGUGACUGGACUGCUGGAUUCUCCACACCAAAUUUUGAUUUGAAUACCUGGUACAAUAAUCAAGGAAUUAAUCCAGAGUCAGUUCUUUCCCUUGUCAACAAAAACACACUGUUGAAUGAACUUGGCAUUAGUUCUUAUCUCAGUACCAAUCCCUGUUCUUUUACAUCAGAGACAUUUAGCCCAGCCAACAGUAUGGGAUGGAAAAAUGAUUGUAAAAAGGAUUUGAACACAACUCUACCUGUCUUGUCGUCCUUUGUCAGAUGCAAUGUUCCCUCUUUCUGUACGGGAAUUACCUGCUGUAUCGAGGAAAACAAAGUAUUAAGGAGACAUUUCACUGUAGGAGUAGAACUUGAUGACUGCAACCAUAUCAUGACUUUCCAAGUAGAACAACUGAAAAUUCAAAUAAAACUUCAUGACUAUUCCUUUGGAGUCACUGAAAAACGAUACUUGAUGAGUGUAAUCCAAUUUGAGUUUAAAAUCGAUGAAAUUCCUGCAGAAAAAGCCUAUAAAAUUUCUGCUAGCCUUGGGAUCUGUUAUGGAGUUGGGCCAUGUAUCUUAGAUUCUCUUGAAUUGCUUACAAACUUCAAACUCCCCAAGUCUUUGUGUGAAUGGGGUACUGGCUUUCCAAAUGAUUUCUCUGGAAACUCCUGGUUGUUGGACAGAGGUUUAAGCAUUGGAUCAGUGCUCUCAACAGCAGAUGCCUCCGCUUUAUACUCAGUAUUGGGAAUGCAGGAUUUCCUUAAAACAGCUGAUCAGUGUGACAUACGAAGUACAUUGUACAAUCCUAAUACCAAUGGAUGGAAAAGUGAGUGUCUAGAUGCAUUGACUCCCUUACCCCUGCCUAGUUCCGUCGUCUGUCAGUUACCCAAGUCGUGUACAGGAAUAGACUGUUGUGCAGAAAUCGGAUUUUUGGGCAGACGGACUAUCAACAUUCAAGUCUUGCUGGAUCCUUGUGAAGCAAUCAUGAGUCUCAAUAUAGAAAAUAUGCAGUACAAUCUAACUUUGAUGGACUAUGACUUUGGAACAACAGAUCAUUUUACAUUGCAGGGAGCUAUUAGAAUAGAUUUUAACAUCCAGAAUUUGGUUAUAAAAAGAAAAUAUUUGUUAAACAUGAACUUGAGCGUAUGUUUGGAAUCAUCAGACCCAACGGCCUGUGUGUACACAAUUGCAAUUUUCCGAAACACUCUACUUCCAAAGAAACCAUGCAGCAUGAAGCUUGAUUUCAUUAAUCCAAGUUUUAACCUGACAUCUUGGCAAGCUCUCAAUAACUUUGGCUCUACUCUGACCCCAGAAGAGACCAAGUUCCUUUGGAGGGAGAUUGGCAUAGAAGAUUAUGUUGGUGUAGGUUGUUCAAGAUCAGCACCUACAAAGAACAAUUUAGAUUGUGCAGUGUCUCCACCAAGCCCUGUAAGCAAAAAUUUGAAUUGUCACAUAAGCUCAAACUGCACGGGGAUCACCUGUUGUUUACAGGACCAUAUAUCUGGAACAUCAUACCAAUUCUCCAUAGAAAUCAAUCCCUGUGAUGAAAAGAUACUUAUUACCCUGGAAAAAUUUACCUUUACUAUGUCACUCUUUGAUUAUACAAUGGGAACAAAGGAAGUUGCAAAACUGUUUGGAGUGCUGGAAUUAGAGUACAUGAUAGAUGAGUUGGAACUGAGUGGUGAAUUUGUUCUUGAUCUGAGAAUUAAAUUGUGUUAUACAAAAGGACAAAAUUGUGAACAAGAUAUUGCAGCUGUGACUGGACUAAGAUUACCUAAACCCCUCUGUCAGCUACAAUUGGGACAACUUCCAAUUCCAGGUUUCUCUCUGAGUAAUUGGAUGAAGGAUAAAAUUGAUGGCCCAGUUCUACAGCAGUGGGCAAUUGACCUUUUAAAGUCAGAACUAAAGCUAUCCAGUUAUCUUAAUGACCCUAUGUGUGAAAGAGAAGAUCUUUCUUCAGGAAUUCAGAACUGGAAUGUCAAAGAGUGCAAGGAAAGUAUCACAGUUCCAGCCCUACCAGCUCACACAUCUUGUAAACUAUCUAGUACCUGCUCCUCUGUGAAAUGCUGCACAGAUCUCCACUUGCUGAAAACAUCUGUCCAAACUGAAGCUAAUGUAGACAGGUGCAGAGGGAAAGUCUUUAUCAAAUUAGAGAAAUUAGAAAUAGAGUUCCUUCUCACAGAAUUUGAGUUUUCCAAAUGGCAACGACAGUCGAUACAGAAUGUCUUCACUGUAGAAUAUAAAGUUGAAUAUAUCACAUCAGAGAAGGCUUACCUGUUAAGUGUCAACUUUAGUGCCUGUUUUGAAACUAAUGGAGACUGCAUGCUGAAUUUUCCCAUCAUGAUAAAUACCAGAAUUCCUACUUUGGAUUGUGAUUUUAAAAACCAGUCUUUUGCCAUACCUGGAUUUGACUUCACAAGCUUCCUCAAGAAUAAAGGAAUUUCAGCUUCAGUUAGUACUUUACCAGCACUAUUCUCAGAACAGUUACUAGAGACUCUUGGAGUGAAAGGAUUCUUCCUCAGUAUACCCUGUAAUAGAAGUGACUAUUCGGCAACGUCAUCAGGAUUUGAAAUUGACACCAGCUGUACAGAGAAUAUAUCUCCAUUUUUGACUACUCUGGCCAAUAACACCAACUGUCGAGUGUCUUCAUCUUGUACUGACAUCCAGUGUUGUACAGACAUGGCAAUUGUUGGGAGAACUUUGAACUACCGAAUCAGUGUGGAUGCGUGUGCUCUUUCCUUGAACGUGGAGAUUGAAAAGUUCAAGUUUGAACUGUCUCUUAUCAAUUUCAAAUUCGGAGUUCCUCAGAAAUUCAGCAUAGACCAAGUUUUCUCUAUUGAAUAUCUCAUAAAAGAUUUGAAUGGACAAAGGCAAUACCUGUUGGAUGUUACGCUGACCGUAUGCUUCAGCGACUCUCCAUCCUGUGAGAUAAGAAACAAAAUACUACAGAAUUAUCUCGUCACUAAACCAGUGUGUGCAUGGUACACAGGAUUCUCAAACCCAGGUUUCUCUUUUGCAUCUUGGUUGAAUGCCAACAACAUAACUAUACCAACAUCUGAAUCAUUAAAUGGUCUGUAUUUACCUAAACUUUUGGAAGCAUUAGGUAUAUCUAAAUACAUAAAGGUGCCGUCCUGUGACAAAGACAAGGGAAUCUACAGGAACUCUUUUAAUGGAUGGAACUCGGAUUGUCAUUUUGAUGACAUUAUCAAGAGACCAACCAUUGACAAAGAUCUGGCCACUUGUGUCCUUUACAAGACGUGUACUGGAGUUCGGUGCUGUAUGGAUGUACCCAGUGUAGGCCUGUCUGUGGAGGCCUUUAUUGAAGUUAGUGCCUGUGACCAUCAGCUCAGAGUGGGCGUAGAAAAUCUCAAGUUUAACAGGAGUCUGCACAAUUACAGAUACGGGGACCUGGAGAAGUUUGAUCUGUUUGGAUUCAUUGAGAUAGACUUUAUAAUAACAGACCUUGUGUACAAUGGUGAAGGUGGAGAAUAUUUGGUGAAUAUGAACAUGAGUGUGUGUCUGGAAUCAGGACAGCCUUGUCAUUCCAUUAUACCUGUGUUUGUCAAUACAAUUCUUCCUAAAGAAGUGUGCAACCGAAAUCAAGACUUCAGAGACAAAGCAUUUUCUUUGAAAACAUGGAAAUCUACACAUGGACUUAGUGUGGGAUCAUCUAUGGACAUUCACUAUGUGAAACAACUGUUCCAAGAUCUUGGAGUAGGUCCCUAUCUCCUGACAACAUCAGAAAAAUGUGACUGGAAGAAAUUCCCAUUCAAAGAAGUCAAUGCUUCAGGAUGGAAUCAUGAAUGUGAGAAAGAAACAAAAGGGUUGAGCACAUUAGGGACACACACAAGAUGUGCAAUAUCUAGGACAUGUAGCAGUGUUCAUUGCUGUCUGCACCCAGAAGUCCUCAACACAAACCUGGAUGCCUUUAUUGACAUCGAUGCUUGUAAUGGUAAAAUAAAUGUUGGCAUAGAGAAGUACCAGUGGAGUCACAAACUUCUGGGAUAUACGUUUGGAGAGAUGAAGCAUGUCUCUUUGUUUGGAAUGAUUAACAUGGACUACUUGAUAACUGACUUGGUGACUGCCUACGGUAUGAACCUUAAUUUAACAGUCUGUUUCGAGACAUCUGGACCGUGCGAAAUAAAUAUUCAAGUUCUUAAAGAAAAUAAGCUUACUAAGCCUACUUGUAACUGGACCAGGGAUUUUGUUAAAAAAGAUUUCUCCCUAGAGAUUUGGUUGGACAAUAAAGGUUACAAUAUUGAUACUGUGCUUCCAUCCUAUGCUGUGUCUGAAUUGCUGCAUGACCUUGACAUCAUUCAGUACAUGGAAGAAUCCAGCUGUGACAGGAAAACAGUACCCUUCCACCCCAGUAAAAGUGGCUGGAAUAAUGGCUGUGAUCAGUAUGUGUCCCUGAGCUCCAUUGCCUCUAACACAACUUGCCACCUGUUUGAAUUUUGUACUGGAGUGAGAUGCUGUUCUGAUUUGGCUCUACUGGGACGCUCAAUCAACUCCUGGCUAAUACUGGACCACUGUAAUUACAAACUCAGUGUAGGCUUUGAGAAGUUCUCUGUCAAUGUGAGUUUGCACACAUACUCAUUUGGAGAAGAACAAACUAUAGUUGUAAAUGGAGUUGUGAGACUAAGAUUUACCAUCGAUGACCUUUCCAGUGAACGUAAAUUCUUGGUAAAUCUGAACUUGCAGAUUUGCUUUGAAUCAGCUAAAACGUGUAUGGUCGAUAUUCCAAUCUUUACAAACACUAAACUUCCCAAAAAGCCAUGUGAUUGGACCACUGAUUUCCUGGAUGAUAAAUUUUCUUACCAUAUCUGGAGACUUGGAAAGAGAAUAUCAACUGCUGGGUUGACAGAAAAUAACCUUGCACAGCUCAUGCAAGAUCUUGGUUUGGCACAGUUUGUGUUCAAGGGCAACCAGAGGUGUAGCAGUUCAAAAUAUCCAUUCAUUGGUGCCACUGACAACUGGAAAAAUGAUUGCAAUGAAACGUUGUUGGAGCCUUUACCCUCCUUGUCAGGUAAGCCGGUCACCUGUCACUUCCUCAGUUCUUGUUCUGGCAUCCACUGCUGUGUAGAUGUUCCUGCCAUCAGCUCGACCUUCUCCACCAAGCUAGAGAUAGAUCCAUGUACAUUCCAAAUGGUGGUGAGCAUUGAUCAACUGAGCUUCUCAAAGAACUUGUUUGAGUAUGAAUGGGGACAAGAAGAAGAAGUUUGGCUCUUUGGUGUCGUCAGAAUGACGUUCCAGGCAUUUGAUAUGUACACAGAUGGGCAUUUCAUAAUGAAUUUGAGACUAGAUGUUUGCUUGGAGGCUCUGCAGGUUCCUAACUGUAAUGUCUCUGUAGACGUACUGAAGAACUAUUAUCUUCCAAAGAAAGUUUGCAAAUGGGAUGCUCCAUUCACAAUUCCUGGUUUUUCACUGAAUGACUGGCAAACAAGCGAAGGACUGACAGUAAUUACACCAAUGGAGAGUGGCGCCGUGGACAACUUGUUAUCCCACCUCAGUGUGGCUGCCUUCAUGCUCUAUCCAACCUGCUCGCCAACUGGUUCUGCUUAUGCUGAUGCUGCCACCAAAUGGAAUACAUAUUGUCCUCUAGAUGUUCAGCAGUCCCUUAACAAAGUCAGAAAUGAUGCUCUCUGUACUGUAUCAUCAACUUGUGCAGACAUUACAUGUUGUGUUAAUAUACCCUUGUUGAACAGGACUUUUGAAGUUGGAAUAAACAUUGAUUAUUCAUAUAAGAAGAUAAGAGUGCAUGUCGAGAAGAUGUAUCGCAAGCAUUACUUUAGUGGAUUUGUAUCAGGAAAAGAAUACAUCAUGAGUUUGGGUGGCGUUUUUAAAAUCAGAUACGUUGUAAAUGACCUGAUUGAUGGGAAUGUUCUGGAUCUCUCAAUGUCUGCUGAAGCUUGUUUUGAUGAUGGAGGGCCAUGUGUAGUAAAUAUAUCCAUUCUCAAUAAUGUCAUCGUGCCAAAGUCUCAGAAAACUUGGGAUAAACUUUUCUCAAUUAAAGAUUUUUCUACUACUCAAUGGUUGAAUGAAAAAUCAACGACAGAAAUGAAAGUUUUACCAAGUUUCCUGUCCGAUGAACUCCUGGAGAGCCUCUCUGUGAGGCCUUACCUUAAGUCUGACUCAGUAUGUGGAGCCAUCAGAUCCUCGGCUGAUGUUACAGGCUGGAACAAUGAGUGUGUCGACAAAAGCAAUGUGUCUGCCUUGUCCUCCUUCCCUCUGUUCUGUGAACUGGACACUAACUGUAACAAAGUAACUUGCUGUGUAGAAGCAGAAUUAACAAACUCCACAUUCCAAGUCAACAUGGAUAUCGAUCCUUGUACCAGGACACUUAGUUUAGGAGUGGAAAAUCUACAAGCAAUCAUACCUUUUACAGAUUUAUCAUGGGGUGAAGAACAGAAAUACUACCUGUUUGGAUUAAUACGCAUCGAUUACAAAGUCUAUGACCUCUUAGCUGAAAGUAUGUUUCUAAUGGACCUUAAAGUAUCCUUGUGUUGGGAGAGGUACAAACCCUGUCAGUUUAUAGCAGAUGUAUUCCAAAAUACAAUGAUUACAAAAAGAAAAUGCACAGGAAGGCUUUCCUUUGAAAAACCAGGAUUCUCCUUGUCAAAGUACACUAGAGAAAAUGGCCUCGUUCCCAACAAAUUGACUGAAAAAGACUUUGUUUAUUUGAACGACUAUCUGGGUGUUUCCAGCUACAUAUUGCAUCCUUCCUGUAAUAGAUCAGAUGCUCAUUACCUGCCUACAUUGAAUGGAUGGAAAAAUGAAUGUCCCUCAACAUUGAACCCAGGACUAAAAUCAUUACCUUCCUAUGUAACCUGCCACAUGACAUCCAGUUGUACCAGUAUUAACUGCUGUAUGGAUGUAACCAAACUAAAACCACAGUCACUCCAGUUUUAUUUAUCAAUUGACUCAUGUCGAUGGACAAUUCAAUAUGGGAUUGAUAGAUUUGUUGUACAGCCAACCACCAUGUAUGACUUUAAGUUCAAUGAGUGGCAGGACUACUGGAUGAAGGGAAUCUAUAGACUAAGGUUUAAGAUAGUAGACCUCCCAGGAGCAGAAUCUUUGCGAAUUAGUCUAAAGUUUAUGGUUUGUAUGGAGAAUGGGCUGCCUUGUGAAGAGGUGUCUGUACUUGAUGAUACGCUUAUACCAAAACCUAGCUGUGAGUGGAAUAUAGGAACAGAAAUAAAGAAUUUCACAAUUAAUUCAUGGAAAACAAAAAACAAGUACACAGUCAUGGAAGACUAUAGCAUAGCUAGACUAGAGGAAGAAUUGGGAAUGCAUGGAUAUUUGUAUAACUCCUCACAAGUAUGUGACAGGUCAUCAGGAGUGUUUAAUUCCCCCUCAGCUGGAUGGACUAAUGAUUGCCCAGUAUCCCUCCCAAACAAUGUUCCUGUUAUUCGAGGAGCUAUCACCUGUAAUCUGGGAGACUCCUGUUCGGAUGUGGUGUGCUGUUUGUAUUCUGAACCUUUGCUGAAACAUGUGACCAUUCACUUCAGUCUAAACUACUGUCAAGACAAAAUAAGGAUAGGCAUAGACAAGUUUGUCAGAGAAAUACAGCCAAGUGCAUACACUAACUGGGGAAAGGAAGAAAUGCUUACUAUGAGUGGAAUAUAUCAUCUCAGAUAUACAAUUGAGGACCUGAGUAAUGCCAACAUGUACCUAGUCAGCUUCUCCGUCCUCUCCUGCUGGGAGAGUUCCUUACACUGUGAACAAUACACAGUUCUCUCGAAUACAAGAUUACCAAAGUCCAGAUCCCAACCUUACUGCAACUGGAAAGCAGAAGAAACAAUACCUGGGUUCUCUACCAGUACCUGGCUGUCAGAAAAUGGAUAUCCUAACACUACUCCACUGACAGGAAGUGCUCUGCAGGAUCUAAUGGAAGUUUUACAGCUGUCAAAGUUUAAGGAUACAGACUGUAACACAUCUUGGGUUCAUGGAAACAGCACUGGUUGGACAUCAGAAUGCUUAGACAACCUUGCAUUGCCAAUCCUCCCCAGCUCUUUUACCUGCAAUAUUCCUAGUUAUUGUUCAGGAGUAGAGUGUUGUAUAUCAAGCUCAGUUUUGGGGAGAAGCUUCCAUACAUACCUAGAAAUUGACCCUUGCACAUCAAAAAUAGUGCUUGGAAUUGAUAAAUGGAAAUUUGAGGAAAUCUCUCUUGAAACAGACAAAUUGCUGUCAACAUCCAUGACAAAAAGUGUAUGGUUACAAGGAGUUGUACGCAUGGAUUUUGAUGUAAAAAAUCUCCAACAUGAACACAAAUAUGUGUUAAAUGUAAAUGUAAGCUUGUGUACAGAGAGUUCGAAAGCAUGUGAAAUUGCUAAUCAGACAAUACUUGCCAACAGCCUUGUGUCCAAAAGAAAAUGCCAGUUUGAUCAGCUAUUGCCACCAGGUUUUUCCCUUUUAUCAUGGAAAAUUAACAACAGUUACAGUUAUGGUGCCAAUUUACCUAACUAUAUGAAGGGUAAAGUAGAAGACUCCUUAAAACUGCCUGGAUAUCUCAAGUCAUCUAAGUGUAGAAGAAAUGUUUCCCCAUACUGGCCCACAUACAAUGGCUGGAAUCAACACAAUGCAUGUAGAAUACGCAGUCUACCUUACAACAUGAAGAAGAAGACCUACUGCUAUGUGGGUGCCAGCUGUGCCUCUAUCAACUGUUGUACCGAAGAUCCUGAAAUGGAUACAACAUUCAGCUGGUUCAUUGGUGUAGAUUCUUGUCAUUUAAAAUUUUCAGUAGGCAUAGAGAACAGAAAACAACAAUCAUUUCUCUUGGACUUUACAUUUGGUGAAGAAAAGCAUUUCAGUCUUCAAGGAGUCUACAGAAUUAGUUACAUCAUCUUUGACUUGGUCAGUGACUCACAUUAUAUGAUGAGUGUCAAUAUAAGUGUGUGCUAUGAACCAGACAAUUGUACCCUAACUGAAAACAUUGUUCAAAACACUAUGUUUCCGAAACCUGUCUGUGACUUCAAGAGUACAGACUUUGUCAUCCCAAGUUUUUCAAUGUCUGGCUGGUUAGCUGAUCACAGUUUUUCAUCAGUGUUGCCAUUACCAGAAUAUGGUCAGUUAGAACUUCUUGAAGAUUUGGGAAUAGCACAGUAUAUGAAAGGGGAACAAUGUAGGGAAACUGAUAUCAUUUACCAAAAUAAUACACACGGAUGGACAAAAGACUGUCCUCUACCAGUGCUGACCAGACAUCUACCCACAGACCUGCUUUGUCACAUCCCUGCCACCUGUACAUCAGUCAAAUGCUGUGUGACAUCACACACUCCACUCAACAGGUCAAUCAGCGUGCUCCUAGAACUAGAUCCCUGUAACCAGAGGAUUUUGUUGGAGAUUGAAAACUUUGCUCAUCAAAUCUCACUCUAUGACUUCACAUUUGGAAAAGAGCACAGUUUCUUCCUCAACAAUGUUGUUCGGAUGCAGUAUAAAGUGUAUGACCUGAAAGUUGAUCGGAAGUACCAAAUGAGCCUAAAUAUCAGUCUGUGUUUGGAAUCCUCUGGUCCCUGUGUGUUAGAGACUGUGGUGUUAAAAAAUUCUCUGUUGCCAAAGAAACCUUGCAGCUUGAUUACUGGUUUUGUACAAAAAAAUUUUUCACUGUCAACAUGGAAAGCAGAAAACCAAAUAACAGAGUCAGAGAUGAAAGCCUCAGACAUUGUUUUACUGCAAGAAGUUCUUGAUAUUCCCGAAUAUCUUAAAGAUUCCUGUCAUAGACAAGCAGGAAACUAUUUUCCCCACAGGAAUUUUUGGAAGGAUGAAUGUGGAAAGGUGUCUGGGAUCAGUCAGUUCACAGACUCAGACCUCAUCAACUGUUAUUUGUCUGACACUUGUACAACCACCUCUUGCUGUGUGGAAGACAAAGUACUCAAACGAAACAUAGAAACGGUAGUCAAAAUUGAUCCUUGUAAAUUCACCUUGAAGUUGGAGAUAGAAAAACUGCAAUUCAACAUCAGUCUCCUCAAUUUUACAUGGGGUGAAGUGGUGAAAAUGGAUUUCUAUGGGAUAUAUGAAUUGAGCUUUUCUUUGGUGAACUUCUUCAAUGAUAGAAAAUACUUGUUGAACAUGAACAUCAGCCACAGUUAUGAGUCCAGUAGAAAUGACACAGUGCUCUACGUCCUCUUUAAAGAUUCCUUGAUACCAAAAGAUGUCUGUGAAUGGUCAAUGGAUUACAAUAUCAAAGGAUUCUCACUGUUUUCAUGGAAAGUGGAUCGACAUCUUCCAACUGCUAAACUAAGUAUUCCAGAUGAAUAUUUGUUGCAACUUAUGGAUGAAACAGGCCUGGCUGGCUAUACAGAUAACCCAAUGUGUAAUACAUCUGUUGGUAUCUAUUCAACUACAGCUGCCAAUGGAUGGACCAGUGGUUGUGGAAUGAUCAUGAAUUUGCCUAACCUGCAUGCUGAUGUUAAAUGUGUCAUGCUCUCAACUUGUAAUGGUGUGCAGUGCUGUGUCAAAUCUCCAGAGUUAAGAAGAAAUUAUCAAGUACAUUUCAGCAUAGACUACUGUUCCCAGAGCCUUUUUAUUCAGAUCGAAAAAGUGUUUUAUACAAAGGCACUACAUGAUUUAAGAUUGGGAGAACCUGAGGAGUUCAGUUUGCUUGGAAUAUAUAGAGUCAGAUACACCAUUGAAGACUUGUUUGAAGAUAGAUCUUACUUGGUGUCACUAGAAGCUAUGGACUGCUACGAAACAAGACCACCACAGUGUGACACUGGUACCACAUACACAAUUCUGAACAGGGCAGUUUUUCCAAAAGGAUUGUGCACAUGGAAUCAAAGUUUUGUUGACCCUAACUUCUCUCUGACCACCUGGUUAGCAAAUAAUAGUAUUGGGAAUGUGUCAGACCUGAUGCAGACUGACUACAAAGUGUCUCAACUGAUGGAUGAACUUUCAAUAUCACAGUAUUUACUCUCCCAGUCAUGUAGUCAAUCUUCAAAUGCAGUUAAUGGCUGGACAUCAUCUUGUGCAAAGAUGGUGAUUAAACCAAACAUAUCUGGAGCAGUAUGUCACCUUCAGGAGGACUGCACAUCUAUAGAGUGUUGUGUUGGGGUAGAAUACCUGACUAGAAAUGUAAAAAUCUUCCUUACCAUAGAUCCCUGUACUUCUGAACUCCAAGUUGGUAUAGGAAAAUUCAACAGGAAUAUUUCACUUGCUCAUUAUAGAUGGGGUCAGAAAGAAAGGCACUGGCUUGCUGGAGUAGUAAGAAUAGACUUCAUAGUAGACAAUUUCCAAGGAGAACGGUUUUUUCUUGUCAACAUGAAUCUCAGUCUGUGCUUUGAAGCGCAUGAAGACUGUAUAAGGAGGAUUUCUAUUUUCGAAAAUACUUUACUGCCAAAACGAAGAUGUCCUUGGGAUGUUAAUACAGGCUUUUCAUUAUCAAAAUGGAAAAGUGAUGAAAAAGUUCCAACAUUGGUACAGUUUCCUGAAUGGGCAAAAAAUUUAUUAUUGGAAUAUUUGGACAUUGCACAAUAUAUGAAUCCAAUUCCAUGUAAGAGAGGUGUUGGCAUGUUCUUUGACCAAAGUUUGAUUGGCCAGAACUAUACAAACUCUACAGAAGGAGUUCUCAACAGCACAUUAAGCUCUUAUUAUUUAUCACAAAUGUGUCAGUUGGAUGUGGAUUUGAUGAAUCGUACUCUAGAUGCCAGAUCAGCCACACUGGUUUCCUGUUAUCUUCCAUCACUUUGUACAGGAUUUCACUGCUGUGUCAAUGUCCCAGACCUCAACAUGUCCUUCAGUGCUUAUCUCUCUGUAGAUCCCUGCAAUUAUCUGUUCACUAUUGGCAUUGAAAAGUUUACAUUUAACAAGUCACUUGAUCACUAUACAUUUGGACAUGAUGGUGUGUUUUCUUUGGCUGGGAUUUUGAAAAUUAUAUACAACAUUCGAGAUUUACCAGAAGAAAAAGUUUAUCUAGCAACUGUGAAGCUAAGUGUCUGUACAGAAAGUAACUUUUGUGAAGCCAACCAUACUAUAUUUGACAAUGUCCUGCUGCCAAAACAGCCAUGUGAUUGGAACGAAGGGUUUAUGAAUACCAAUUUUUCUGGAUCUGCUUGGAUGAAAAACAAUGACUUCGAUCCUCCAUUGAGCAAAUAUCAAUCUACCAAACUCAUGAGAGAAAUAAAAGCUUCUCGUUAUCUGAUGGCUGAAUCUUGCUCUUCUUCCAAUGAAAUAUACUCACACCUAAAGGAUGGUUGGAAUAGUUUUUGUCUAGGUGUUUCUCAUCUAAGUAACCUGACCUCUGAUCCUGUGGUUUGUUACCUUGACUACUCCUGCAAUCUACUCAACUGUUGUAUUAGUGUGGAUACUAUUAGUAGAUCACUGAGUGUCCAGAUAAAACUGGACCCAUGCUCUCAGAAAAUGACUGUCAGUCUGGAGAGAAUCAACAUUGAAGUUGACUUGCUUUCUUUUGAAUUUGGUAAAGUCCAUAAGUUUAGUCUUGUUGGCAUGCUGAGAAUAGAUUUGGAGCUUUAUGAUCUUCCCUAUCAGAAGAAAUACUUGAUAGACCUGGAUGUCAGUGUGUGCUUUGAAAGCGGAGGGAGCUGUGAGAUCAGUGUUCCUGUACUGGAACAUGCAACUCUACCAAAAGCUGAUUGUGACUGGUCGCAAAACCUUCAAGGAUUUUCCCUGAAAACAUGGUUGGAGUCAAAGGGAAUCAAUGGAACAACAAGUCCUUUGCCAGUCUAUUUGGAACAUAUGCUGCUUGAAGAACGGGGAAUUGCAAACAUGUUUAAUGACGAGCCUUGUAAUAGAUCAGACUCCUUUUACAAUGGCAGUUUACCAAUAAAUGGAUGGAUCUCAGAGUGCACAAUGAGUUCAAGCUUGCCAGUCCUACCAGAUGGAAUUUCUUGUUACAAUCCUGCAUCAUGCAGUGCUGUGUCCUGCUGCUUGGAGAUCUCGAAACUGAACAACAGAGCUCUUCAAGUAACAGCAGAGUUCAAUGAGUGCUCUAAUUUCUUGAAAAUGACUAUAGAACGAAUGCCAAUAAUUAUAUACCUGCACAACUUUGUCUAUGACAGAGAAGACCUUUUUUCGUUGAAGGGUAUUUUUGAGGUCAGGUAUAAAAUUACCAAGGAUCCCCGUAACAGACAAUACCUCUUUGACCUGAAAGUGUCAGCUUGUUAUGAAGAAAUGGAGUGCGAUCAAAGUUUUGUUAUUUUCAAUCAAACAACAUUUUCAAUGAAGGACUGCCGAUAUGAAAAUGAUUAUUUGAACUCCAAUUUCUCUCUAGUUGAUUGGAUGGUGUCCCACUCCAUUGACCACAUAGAAAACAUACGACCCCCACAAGCCAGUGAACUGCUGCUACAACUGGGACUAGACCAUUUCUUGUCAGAGCCAGAAAAGUGCACUUUAUUAGAUGCAAAGUAUGGAGCAGUGGAUUUUAAUGGAUGGAACAACGAGUGCACAAUGUUCCCUAAUGACACACUAACCAGCAUCAAUAACACAGACAAAGUCCGUUGUCAUGUGCCAUCAUCAUGUGAUCGAGUUGAGUGUUGUGUUUACAUACAACCAGUCCAGAGACACACUCAGGUGGAACUUCAUAUUGACACCUGUAGCUACAACAUGGACGGAGCUAUAGACAACUUGAGGGCCUCAUAUAGUCUUUUCAAUCGAGAUUGGGGUAAAAAGGAUGAAAUAAGCAUUCAUGGAGUUGUCAGAUGGGGCUAUCAUGUUACCCCUGUUGGCCCAAUGAAGAAGUUUAAAGUUGAUGGUGGAGUGAAACUUUGUUUUAAGAAAGGGCACUGUGAAAUUAUGCUAGAUUUUAAAGACCUUCCUCUUCACUACCAAAAAUGUAAUGCUUCGAAUGAAAACAUGCCAUUCCAAGGUGUGAGCUAUGACUUUUGGAAGGAAACCCAAUGUGUUCAUCCAACAUCCAAUACAUGUGCUCCCAAUACUGUUGUUGGUGUUCCUGUCGAUGCCAAAAAACACUGUUCAUUGCUUUCCGGUUGUGAUGGAAUCGAAUGCUGCAUUGACAAUGCUUUUUAUUUGGGAAACAGAAGUGUAAACUUCAGACUGAGACUAGAUUGUACAGACCUAGAAUUUCACGUCGAAUCCAAGAAAAUUGUUAAAUCAUUAGCUUCACUAAGUGACAAUAUUGAGUAUUCAGAGAGUGUUGGGAAUCCACCAAGUUUGCAGCUGAAUUACACUACAGUAAAUAAUCUUCAAAGCUACACUGUUUUGGUCAAGUUGAUGGUGGGUGGCGUAAUAACAAAUGAAAAUGGGAUGGAGGAAUAUACUCUACUUGAUUCCAGCUCCAGAAUUCAUAAACCAACCACUUGUCCAAGUAGAACAUCUAGAAGACGUAAAAAGAGAAUGAUAGACAUUAACCAACUUGAUCCAACAAGGUUUAAAGAUGGAUUGAGAACACUAAUAGAAACAAAGGCCUCAAAUGAACAGAUUGAUAGAUUUAUGAAGAUGGUGCAGAUCCAUGAUGAGGAAAUAAAACUUAAGAACUUGGCGAGUAUGGUACUUGACAGAAAUGAUGUGAAAACUGGAAUGAAAUCUGCCAUCAAAGCCCUAGGAGCAAGCAAUCCAUUCACCAUUAAUACAGCUGGAGAAGUUUCUACUACAGUAACUGUGCAAGGAGGUGAUGCAAUAGGUGACAUGUUGGGUUCGGCAGCAUCUGAAAUUGUUGGCAGAGUAAAGCAAGCUUUUGUAGUUGGAAAUGGUCUGUCAAAAGAAGGCACAAGGCUACUUGGAAAGAAACUGGCUUGUAUGACAAUCGGAGACCUGGAGUCAUUACUAGAUCUGAAAAACAUUGACCCUGUUAAAGUCGCUGAACUCAUGAAAAAUAUUGCUGACCUAGCAAAAGCAUUAUACUCCGAGUUCUUGGACAGUGUAUUGACAAAAGGAGCCAACAUAUUUAAGAGCUUUGAUUUUAAAUUAGAAGGAGAUUUCAGUUUGCCAAGACAAACAAUCAAUUUUUUCCAUUUGAAUAAAUUUUUCUUAAUUGGUGGAAUUGUACCCAUGACUUUCGGGUUUGGUUCUGAUGCAUACUAUGGUGUGAGGUUUACAGUUGGUGCUAAAAUCAUGGAAAUGAAGGGUUAUGUCAAAGUAGAACCCUAUGGCGGUGUGUCUGCAUAUGGCGAGAUGGGUAUUGGUUUUCUUUUGUAUGGAAAAUUGAAACUAGUUGGCCAGAUUAUGGACACAGGAUUCCCUACUACUGCAGAAAUUACUUUCAACAAAUUUCCAUUAGAUGUCAAUUUGCAGAUGUACUUGAGACUUACUCCAAUUAAGCUUGCUUUGUAUGCACAAGUGACACUUGAAGUCGAUCUUUUCUUUGUGACUAUAAAGAAAGUUCUUUUUGAAAAGAAAAUUUGGCAUUAUGAGGCACCAACAAUUAAAAAAAAGCUGAUAGACUCUCACAAACCAGAGGAAGAUAAUACACCACCUAAGAUUAUUCCGCCAAGAGGAACGCAAAAUCAGCCCCAAGGAAUAGGAGGAGUCUGUGAUGUUGUUCAGUCCCCAGGACGUGAUUAUACAGAGCCAGAGUUCAGACUGAGGCUAGAUGCCGAGGAUGACCGCAGUAACGUGAUCUUAAAAUUGGAUGUAGGAACCUUUCCUGGAGGCUCAGAUGUUGUCCACAAGAAGGAAUUAGGAGGAUUUUCAACUGCCUUAACAGAGGUUCUCAGUCCCUCUGGAGUUCCAUUGUUCUAUACCGUACAUGUGGCCAAUGAGGCUGGUGUGAGUGUGCCUGCUACCUGUAAGUUAGAGACAUUUGACAUGACUGUUCCUGGGGGAAGGAUGUCGGAGGCCUUUAGAUCAACCAGUAAUUCCCGAGAGUUGAAAGGAUUAGUGACUGUGUAUGAAGACUCACCCAUAGAGGAAGUAUUUGUGGCUGUGGGAUAUGGUAAAGAUGUUUGGGGGGAACAAAUUGUUCGAUGGACCAAAACCAGUGUAGCAGCAAACACUGUCAAUUAUGACGUUGGUGAUGAUCCAUUUAAUGAAAAUGUGAUGAAAGUGUUUUCAUCUGGAAAACCGGGUCGCUUGACAGGCAGAGGGAUUUUGAUUAAGAAGUAUGAUGAAAUAUCUACACCGGGACAGUGUGCUGCUUACUGCAACAAGAUGCCUGUCACCAAGUGCCUCAGCUUUAACUAUGACUUUGGUAGUAGUCAGUGCGAGCUACUGGAAGCAAUAGAAGGACAUGAUUUUAAAUUGUCUAAGGAUGGCCUUUUCACUCAUUUUGAAAAACUUGGUGUCGGAUCAAACAGAGGAUUUGAAUUCAAGGGUCUAAAACUACUCCAUAACAAGAUUUUCUUCUUUAAUGUGAAAGUGAGAAACUCAUUGGGAUUUCAAAACAUUUUGUCAUCUAAUACCAUCAUUACAGACUUCACACCUCCUGACCCAACCAUGUACCAAAUAAACAUAACCAGUGACAUAAUGGAGGUAUCACCUUGUCUGGAUAUCAUUCCCAAUGAAAGAAAAGACUGGGAGAGACAUUGUGUUGGGGUAGAUCACUCUAGGAAAAACCAUAGGGUCAUCAUUGAUGGACAAGGAUCAGAAACUGUCUACAAUGGACAUGAAUUUAAAACCGAUUUGAAGUACACUAGGGCCAACAGAUAUAUAUCUGCCAACUGGGAUGGAAUCUAUGACAAUGAAACAGGCUUGCUGGGAUAUUCUGUAACAGCUGGAGAAAAGAUUUGUGAAGAAAAAAUCAAGGCCCACCAUGAUCCUCACGCUCAUCUAUUUGACGAGUCCCAGUGGACAAAUAGUGUUAUGAUGACCCCAUUGGAGCCCCCUUACACUGUGCUGCCAGAUGGGCCUUAUUUCAUCACUGUCCGAGCCAUUAACAAGGUGGAAUAUGGAGGUCCACUAGCCACUAGUUUCUGUCACUCCACUCCAUACAUUGUUGAUAACACUCCUCCAUUUGUUUAUGAAAUUUACAACAUUAGAUAUGAGGAAGACCAAUUCAAUUUAAGCAUGGCACAUAAUUCAUCGGAUCCAGAUUCAGGGCUGAUUAGAAAUGAUCUCUGUCUUGGAAGAACAAGAAGGGAUUGUGAUGAAAUGAUGUGGACCACCAUUGAUUUUAAUCCAAACAUCACCAUGCUGAAGAAACUUACAGAAGGAGUCCCUGUAUGGAUCAAAAUCAAAGCUGUCAACAAUGUUGAUCUAAGAACAAUUGGAAUAGCUGAUUCUCCUAUCAUAGUAGACAGAUCUCCUCCAGUGUCUGGCAGAGUGAAUGACGGAGAAAUUUUUAAAGUUGAUCUAGAGUAUACCAUGUAUCCAGACAAGAUCUGCAGUAACUGGGAGGGCUUCUAUGACCCUCAAUCAGGCAUCGCUAUGUACAUGGUUAGUGUGGGGUCAUCCCCUAAUACAACAGAUGUGGCCAAUUUGACACGGUUCUCAAGUAAAACACACUAUGCCUGUGUAGAACUAGAACCAGACAAAUAUCUAAUACACAACCAAAAGUACUUCUCCAAAGUGUAUGCAUUCAAUGGUGCCCACAAGCAGCUCAAUGUUUCCUUGGUAUCUGAUGGAGUUUUGGUUGACCUGACUGAACCAGUGGCAGGAGAAGUGGUGGAUGGAUCUGCAUAUGACUUUACUGACCUACAGUUUACAACAAGCCAGGCUAAGGUGGAGCUUCAGUGGAGGAAUUACUAUGACCCAGAGUCAAACAUCAGUCAUUAUGAUGUAAAAGUGUACAGGGCCAAAAACAUGACCUUUGAUUUUGAGGCCAUUCUAGACUGGACCCCAUUCCCAAGCACAGCCAUUGGUGUUAAAUGGUUAAAAUUCCACCACAGUCACGGAGAUAGAAUCCAUACAUCUUUAAGGACCACCAACCAAGCUCUCAACUCCAUUAUCAACAACACCAACAGCUUUGUUGUUGACAUCACACCUCCAUAUCUCCAUUACCUAAGGGAUGGUCUACAGCCAAAGGAUCAGGAAUUUCAAUCUGCUACAGACCAAUUGUCAGUCAGCUUCAAAUACUCAGAUAAAGAAUCUGGUGUAGAUCACUUUAAAGUUCAGAUUUAUGAAGUUGCUGGUGGCACUAGAAGACAGAAAUAUCCAGCUAUUAAAAAUCAUUGGCUAAACCUUACCAGCAAUUCUAUGAUCAGCUACACAUGGACAGGACUCUCUCUCCAGGAAGGGGCUAGGUACAGCAUGAGGGUAGGGGCUGUUAAUCAUGCAGGAUUCUUGGCUGCUUUUGAGACUAAUGGAGUUGUCAUUGACACAUCGCCACCACUUAUAAUGUGGUUAAGAGUUGGAGUGACUGGAACAGGCAAAGAACACAAAGUGGAUGGUUAUGUGUGGAUGUCUGACAAGAAGGGCAUUCAAGCCUCCUGGCUCUGUCAGGACCAUGAGUCGGGUGUUACUGGUUACAUGGUGGCUGUAGGAACGUCCCCAGGAACUGCUGAUGUUUUGGCAUGGAAAGCUGUUGGAACAGAGAGUGCCCAGUAUAUCACAGGGUUUAAUUUAGAAGUUACCAACCAAACCUCUAAAACGCCAGUCUAUUACCUGUCACUGAAAGCUGAAAAUGGAGCUGGUCUUGUCAGUCAGUCUCCUAGUGUUUCCACACCAAUCAUGGUCAUGGAGGAGGACAAAGCUGGAUUGGUAGUGGAUGGUGCUGAUAAUAUUGAUAAGAUUGUCAGUGAAAAAGCCCUUGUAGACUUUAUGUCAGACACAGACUACCAGCUGGACACUUCUACAGUCACAAUGCAGUUUACAGGAUUUGAGAGUACCAUGCAUGGAGUCAUGCAGUUUGAAAUGGCCGUAGGGACACAGCCAAAUGGAGAGGAUGUCUUAUCAUUCACAGAGGCCAAUAUCAUUCAUCUGGAGGAACUGGAUCCAGCUGGAAAAGGAUUGACAAGUUCCGGAUAUGCUCAGCUUAAUUUGCCUCUGAAACCUGAAAGAACCUACUACACAACUGUGAGGGGAAUUACUAAUAAUGGAAAUGUACUACAGACAAGUUCCGAUGGGUUUACAAUAGACCAAACCUCUCCAACUAUUGAAAUAGACAGAUUGUCAGGAAAAUCAGCACAAGAGAUGGACAUAUCGGAUGACAGUUUAGUGUAUGAAUCAACUGAGGAUGCUCUCUCGGCUAUGUGGCAUUAUAAUGAUUCAGAGUCUGCAGUGAUCAGAGCUUGGUAUGCUGUUGGAACAUUCCCAUUCUCUGAUAAUCUAAGUGAGAGGAAAGAGGUGGACAUUUCAACCACUUUGUCCAGCUACCUAGGCAACAAUGAAGUGGAACCAGAUGUCUUAGGGAAACCCAACAUUAUAAGUGUGUGGGCAGAAAACUCUGUUGGACUAGUGACUCAAAAAGCAACAGGGACAAUAGUCAUUGACAAAACACCACCAAAAACUGGAAAUGUAACCUGUCCAUCAUAUAUCCAGCAAUCAGUACCAAUCAUAUGUACUUGGACUGGGUUUGUGGACACAGAAUCGCCCAUCAAAGAGUUCCACAUUAUGAUGGGCACUUCCAAGGGAGAUGACUCUGUUUUCUCUGGUGGCAUUGUUCCAGGAAAUAUUCAAACAUUUACACUUAAAGAUGCCUGGAAGAAGAUGGACCAUGGAGAGGAGUAUUAUGUGACAGUGACUGCCAUCAACACUGUUGACAUGACCAGCAAUGCUUUCUCUGGUGCAGUGGGUGUAGAUCUGACACCUCCUAAGGCAGGCAUGGUUGUUGACCUCAGCUCAGUGUACAGGAUUGAUGCCUCUAGUACUGACAAUACUGUGUCCAUGAAUGCCAAGAUAUGUGCAACAGAGGAAGAGUGCCAAACUCUCGAUGCUGUCUGUACAGAGUCACUCACUUCCCUGUCUGUGACAUGGAUUCCAUUCACUGAUCCAGAAUCUCAGAUUGUAGAAUAUCAGAUUGCUGUUGGAACAUCUCCAGGAGGGGGUCAGAUUAGAGCCUUCUACAGCGUUCCUGCCAGCAGUAAACAUCAUACAGUCUCACGGCUAAACUUGGAUGGAUAUAGACAAGUGUUUGUAUCAGUGAAGGGAGUCAAUGGUGCAGGUUUGUCCAGCGUGUCAACUACAAAUGGUGUAUACAUAUCUUACCUUAGUCAAGGGAGACCACCUCUGUCACAUAUCGGAGUCAUUGACAUGGUCAAUGGGGAACACAUUGAUGUAGAUUACCAAACUGACCCUUCGACUAUACAAACCAGUUGGGAUGUAUCAGGAGAUCCUUGUCCGGCUGUUAAGUAUGAGUGGGCAAUUCGUAGAUUGGAUGGACUGGAAAUAUCCAGUUUCUUGGAUAUGGGAUUGAAAACAUCAGGACUGAUUGAUGGCCUUCAAAUGAAAAACAAAGAGACAUAUAUAAAUUAUGUGAGAAUCACAAAUGCAAUUGGAUACCAGUAUACACUACGAUCAACUGGAGUUACCAUUGAGAAUACUCCCCUUCUUCCUGGUAAAGUGUAUGAUGGAGACAUUGAAGGAUAUGACCUAAAUUAUUUAUCCUCUAAAACCAGAGUCUAUGCCAAUUGGAAUGGGUUUGGUCUGCCUCCCAAUGCAAUUGUGCAAGUAGAUGUUGAGAGUGGUAACCCCGGACUCCAGGUAGACAAGGAUCAGAUAGCAGCCCAGGACAGGAGUCAGCAGGUGGCCUAUUACUUAGUAGCUCUGGGUACUGACAGGCGCUUCAACAAAACUAGAGACAAUGUUGUUCCAUAUACCAACGUGGGAACAAACACCUCUGUCACAUUCUAUGAUCUGGACCUAACCCCAGGAGUCGCUGUUUAUUAUUUCUCUGUCUAUGCCAUCAGCAAAUCCUUCUCCAAAACAUUGGUCACCUCCAAUGGGUUCUAUGUGGGAUAUGAUGGUGGAGUCGCAGCUGGAAAUAUCACCAGCCCAGGGUCAUGUGUGAACUCUCUCUCAGAACUAGAAGUACAGUAUGAAGGUUUCACAUCCAGGCUGGACAUUCUCAUGUACUAUGUUGCAGUCUCUAAUAACACUGAGGCAAAUCAUACAAGCUGUAAAGAAUAUGUUGCUGGUAAUGGUAUGAGUGAUGAAGACAGGAGAAAUCUGUUUUCUGUUCUGGAUGUAUCUAAUCAAGGCAAAAAUACCUAUACAAAACUGACUGGACUAAAGCUCGAGCAAGGAGAAACAUACUAUGUGUGGGUUAUUGGUACAGACAAAUCUGGUGAGUGUGCAAUGACAUACACAGAAUUCUUGGUUGAUGUCACAGAUCCCAAGCAGGGCCAAAUCAAGACAGGUCCUUGGUACAGUAUGCCUGUUUCGUAUUCAACGGACAACAGCAGUGUCAAUGUGAGCUGGGAGGGCUUUACAGACCCAGAGUCUGGUGUUUCUUCCUACGAAAUAUCUCUGUGGAAAAACGAAUCCUGUCUUGAAGGAAGCGAAACAACAUUGGUUAAUGACUGGAUAAAACUCUCCAGCAACUACUCCUUCUAUCAGUUUGUGGAUCAAAUUUUAGAGAAAAAUGUUCCAUAUUUUGUCAAACUGCGGGUAACAAAUUGUGCUGGGGGUUCAAUUAUUGUGCGGUCUUCACCAUUCCUAAUUGAUGAUACUAAACCUGUUCCUGGUGUAGUGGUUGAUGGAACUGACUUCCAGGAAGAUGUCUUGUGGUUUGGUGACCCACAUCAAGUCCAAGGUACAUUUUUACAUUUCCCAAACCCUACUCUUCAAGCUGACACGUGUCCUAAUCAGAUUGUGCCCAUCAAAGACCCCCAGUGGAGAACCCUCAACAGACUUGGAAUGCUAGAUUCUGAGGGGGAAUUCUGGAGAGUCAAGUAUGACGAGAAAUAUGUCAUACCCGCAGCAAUUGAAGACAAAAUCGAUGUCAAGCUGGUACUUACCAAAGAUGCAACUAACCAGGACAUUAUGGGAGCUGGCGCUAUGUAUCGAAAAGCAGAACUAUUCAAUGGAGGUGUUUACAAGUUAAGAUUAAAAGCAGCCAAUAAAGAUGGAGAGGCUGUGACAGAAAUUUUAUUCUGGGACGGUCCUGAAAAUGGCAUUGCUACUUACAAAUAUGAAGUGGAAAAAGAAUUUGAGAACUGUGUUUGCUGUUUUACCAAUCCUAUUCCAGCAACAUGUGAAGGUUGUGAUUGCCCAAGUUAUCUACAAAACAAGGGCUACUUUUUAAAUGAGACUUUCACCACAACCACCACAACCACGCAGGCCCCAGUUAACAGCACAUACCCUCCCUAUGAUGUGGUGGAUGAACAGGGCACCAGUGUUAUUGACAAGCCCGAGACCAUUCAGAGCGUGGCUUAUGAUUCCUGUGGAAUACAAAUCUAUUCAGCCAACGCUCAAACCAAUGAGAGUGCCUUUGUAGUGUCUUGGUGUCGAUAUUUUAAUAACACAAGGAGGAUGAGUAAGCUAAUGGCGGAAAUCAAGAUUAAUCCAAGCAAAGAUUUUCACAACUACAAGAUUGAAUUUGCGGUGAAAAAUGAAGAUUCUACAUCUACAAAAUGGUGUAUGCUGGUUACUGUUGAGGAUGAUUUCAUCAGUGAGAUCUGUGAUGUUCCACAAAUGUCCACCAAUGCGCUGUUGUUUUUCCACAUCUAUAAGAGGCAUAAUCAGAUCCCAGUACAUGAGGACAAAUACAGUGUGUGGUCGGCCCGAGCCUCUCUGUCUGGCUUGGAGAUGCCUCCUGCUGUAGGCUCACUGUGUAGGUCUGGUCCACAGUUCAUUGCUUACUCCAAUCCUAUCAUGCUGUAUGAGGCAGCUGUAGGAACAUCUCCCUCUGCACCGGAUGCAGUGGACUUUACACCAAUUGAUCACCCAUGCAUUCCUUGUUAUGGAGUGUGUUCCCACUAUGGCUGUGAUACCAACUGCAGUGCCACAGUCACGGUCCAGAAGAUCUUUGCACUAACCAAUAUCACCCUACCCUCCAAGAGAACAAUCUAUAAUGAGACAGGACAUCCAUCAGAGGAGAUUAUUACAUAUUACAUGAUAGUGAGAGCUACAACAGGAUCAGGUGACUCUACAGUUGCUGCAUCCAACGGAUUUUAUGUGGAUGAUACUGUUCCAGAAUUCGACAUGGAUAUCAUGGGAGGGGAUUUCUAUUUUGAUGUAGGACAAGGGGAAAGCACUCCUGUUAAGUACCAGAAAUCAAAUGACACAAUUAAAUGUGUUUGGAAAUGUGAUGACCUAGAAAGCGGAAUCGUGGAAUACACAUGGGCCAUUGGAACAACACCAGGAUCAACUGACAUUCAGAAUUUCACUUCCACAGGACAGAAUGUGAUCGGAAUAAAUGACCAAUUAGGAGGAAUACUGGAGCAUGACCAAACUUAUUACACAACAAUUACCUGUACAAAUGGUGCAGGCCAUACAACAACAUACACUGACACCAAAGGUGUGGUAGUCAAGUUAAUACCUCCAGAGGUAGAUUCAGUAAACAACACUCUUCCAGGAACAAUUCCCUUUACUGAAGAGGUAUUCCCUAAGGAUUCCAAGCAGCAACAUGACCCCACUACUAUAGGAUUCACCUUUACAAAGUCAGAUGACCCUUCAGUCAAUAGAUAUGAUCUCUGUAUUGGAUCUGAAGAAAACACAGAUGACAUCUUACCUUGCACUUGGGUUGGCUACAAUAUGUCUGGUUCUGCAUCCAUCAAAAACGGAGCCCUGUGGAUUAAUGGGAAUGAAGUGAGAAAAUUAUCAGAACUGAAUCCCAUGCAUGACAAUUCAUCAAAAGGUGAAGGCUUUAAAAUGCCCGUAGGCAAACAAAUGUUUGUGACCAUGCGUUUGUGCAAUGAGGCAAUGUUAUGUACCAACAAGAGUCUUGGUGUGGUUGUCAUUACUAAUAGCCAAUCUGUGGUAGCCACCUCCACAAAUGGAACAGCCAUCAAAGAGAAGCUUGCUUUGUCUACAAGAAAAAGGUCGGCUGCUGAAUUGGACAUUACAACUCCUAGUGGUCUAGAAGAUGGACAGUCAAUAAUUGUGACCAAGCUGACACAGUCAGAUUUGACAGCCACCUACAGCUCUGAUGCCUCCACUAACUUUGUACCCUACAUACAAGACCCAGCAACAUCAAUGGACAUGGUCCAAAGACUUCUGUAUAGAAGGUUCUAUGGCAAUGGCUUUUCUUUCUCCUUGGUUCCUCUUGGAAAUGUUGAACUACCAGGCCCUCUUACUAUAUCCUACCCAGAUACUGUAGGGAAAGUGACAUCAGGAAACAGGACUACCUUACUUCACUGGAAUUCUAAUAUGCAGUAUUGGGAUAUUAGUAGCAAAACCUGUACCCAUCUGGGUGCAGAGGAGCAAGAAGUGUAUGAUCCGGUCUCACAGACAAUGAUAGUUAAGGUAUGCAGUACAUAUAAGAUGGAAGCCAAGUCCACUGAAUCACGCAAGAGAAGAUCUGUCAGCCAUGAAAUAUCUUACUUCAGCAAGGAGACAAUGUUUAUUCUAGCAGACACAGCUGCAUCCAUUUACAACUCUCCUCCUCGACUGACCAGUCAAAAAGAGGUCCAUAUUCUAGAAGACUCAGGAAUACUUAAGUAUCAAUUGGCAGCAACAGAUGAAGAAGGUGACACCAUUCUUUUCAAACUUGCUGACAAAACUUACUACCUAGGUGAAGCUACCUUGUCAGCAAAUGGAUCUUUGAUCUACACUCCAUGUCAGGAUUGCUCGGGAGUAGAGUAUAUUAAUAUCACUAUGUAUGAGGAGCAGAGAGACCCAGAUAUUCCUCCUGCCAACGCAACUGAUGUGAUCACAGUCAACAUAGAACCUGUCAACGACCCCCCUCUCAUCUUCCUCUUCCACAAUGGGCAGUCAAUACUGCACGAUGAUCCCACAGAACCCAUCACUGUUUUGCUGGAAGCUAAAAAUGACUUCAAUGUUGAGUCAUGGAGUAAUCCUUGGACAGCGAUUCUUGGGGCCUAUGAUGUGGAAGGGACAGACUCUUUGUAUUUCAAAUUGUCUGCGACAUCAGUAGCGAACCUGACUUUAUCAAAUAAAGACAGAGGAAUUCCCUCACUUUUCAGAGACUGUGGUCAGGAUGAUCUUUCUUGUGUAAAUAACUUUACCCAAGUUCUGCCGCAUCCUGCAAAACAGCUGUCAUGGUUGAGUUAUGUCAUCGAGUUCUCACAACCUGUAAACAUAUUUGGAAAUUUCACGGCAAAGCUAUACUUUAUGGAUAGUAAGAAUGGGACUUCUUUGCCAGUGACUAUCAAGUUUGGAAUUAUGGAAUCUCCUUGUCACAAUGGAGGAAAAUGCUCAGCCACAGGUAUCUAUCCUUGCUAUGACACCCACAGAACACACAGCUUUGAUGCCUACUAUGCCUGUAAAUGUAAAGGAGGCUAUCAAGGGAAACACUGUAUUGAGGAAAUAAAUGAAUGUCUAAGUGAUCCCUGUAUGGCACCCCUGAUCUGCUACAAUGAAAUCAACCACUAUCGCUGUGCCUGCCCUCAGGACCAGCCUAACUGUGAGCUCCUUCCCUGGAUGGUGGCUCUGAUCGCGGUGUUGGUGGUGGUAGCAGUUGUGGCUCUCAUUGUUUUUGCGGUUGUGAAUAAGAUUAAGAAAAGAAAAGAACCAUAUGAAAAAGCACUCCUUGGCUCGCAAUCAACUCUAGCCUCCCAAGUCAGCUUAAACAAGUCAAAUGAAGAGGAUAAAGAAAAUCAAGAAGAUCAGGUUUUCAAAGAAAUGAUUUCUGAAGGUCCUGUAAUUGAAUUGGAUGAUUCUGAGGUUUCUGAAGACAUGAUUUCACAAGGUCCUGAAAUUGAAUUAGAGGAUUCUAAGGCUGCUGGGCCCAGUUGGGUGGAACAAGAACAAAAUGUGAACAAAUACCACCUGAAAUCCAACUUCAAUCCCCUCAUACCAGUGCAAGGUUCUUUCAUAGGGAAACAAGCAAGUCAAAACAGGGAAGACAAACCAAAGAAACAACCCUCAACUGCUGCCAAGAAAACAAAGAAAGAAAAGGCAAGGCAUCAGCUGCAACAAAAACUGGACAAGAAGAUGGGCCCCGCCAAACCUGUAUUCCAGAGCCCUGUAUUGCCAGCAGUUAAUAAACCAGACCUAAUGAAGCCAUCAAGAGCAAAUACUCCUGAAAUCAAGAAACCAAGCAAAGUCCAUCCUAUUGAUUAUGACGUCAAUCCGAGCAACAAAAAGUGGGCUGACUCAGUCCCAGGGAUUUUAGAUGAAGCAACAUCUGUCAUCACUCCAACUGACCCAUUGAAGAAACCUCUGAGUCCUAGAUCUGAGGGAUUGGUGGUGUCCCGCCACAACAAAGUUCAUCCACAGAAAUCGUCCAUGUCGCCAGAUGUCCAGCUGGUUUUUACUGGUGAGAGUACAUCGGAUUAUGAGAUGCAACAGGAAAAUAAGGAGGAGUUGAUAGAGCUGAACGGUUCUGAUAAUAAGACUUCCAGUCCAAAGCCUCGGAUUGGUUUAGAUGACCAGCCAGGAACCAGCACUGUGUGAAACCAUAGGACCAGAUUUAGUGUGCUAAAUAACUUGUAUCUUUGAUUUAUACAAAAUUGAUAACUUCGCGUAAAGGCAUUUAUGUGUACAAUUAUUGAAAGAAUUAUUGAAUUUCUCCUCUUUCGUUUCUUUUUAUAGCUUCAUAUAUUCAUUCUAAUUAAAACUUGUGAAGAAAAA